GCACCCGUACCCAUGGACGUAUCGCGCGAUAGUACUGUGCAACCAAAUUCGUGCGACCGAUAUUAUCCGUGCACGAAAAUUUUAAACAGCGAAAAGCUGGCGACAGGUGAAAAGCUCCUCAGCAGUGCAUGGAGAUGUCCGAUUUAUGUCACAACGUUUGAGUGACAUUGUUGGAAGAUUUCCAUCUUGUAUUGGAGACUUAUUCACGUGUUAAACCGGCUAGUGUUCGACAUGGACUAACAUUGUGGAUAAUUGUUUUGGAAGAGGGAAGAAAGACAUUUUUGGUGUAUUUACGUGGGCUGUCAGCAUCUUCGGUCAGCUGUUUUGGGGAAACCGCACAUGUAAACGUACAGCGCACACGACGUGAGAAGCUCGGAUCUCCGAGCGUUUUCCAACGCCAAAAUUGAUGUUAAUUCCUUCAGAAUCUGGAAAUACGUCUAAGUCCGUCCAAAAUGUAUAGGCCAUCUAGUUUUGACGACCAGUCAGAUGGAUUUUAUGACCAGCAGGUGCCCUUUCUAGAUUCCCAGACUGUUCCUGAUGUUGAUGAAGUCCCUGAUUGUGAAACAUGCCCAGAAGGUGCAUCAUGUGGAAAAUCAAAGGGAGAUUUGGAUCAGGAUUCAAAAGAAUUAUUCCAUGAUCUGGAUCAAUUACAGGAAGAAUGGUUAGCUGAUGAUUUCGGCUAUGGUCCAGAGUCCGAACCAGAACAGUAUGUGCCUGAUUUCCAGUCCGAGAAUCUACCCUUGAGCAUCAAGAUUAAGCCCGAACCCAGGAGUCCUGGAUACCACAAACCAUGCGCGCACAUGAAAUCACCAGCGGCCAGCACCAGCCACCGCCAUUUUGAUUUUGACAAAUUUGAGCAGAAGUUUGCUUACGGGGAACAGGUGCUGGUGGACAACCCCUUCAGUAAACUGGAUGGACUCUCUUUGGUCAUCCCUGCACCAUCUCCUAGCAGUACAGAUGAUCAUCCCAGUCCACCAGGGAGCGCCUGCUCAGAUGCAGUGGCACCACAGAGCUCUCCUGUUACUAAGGGCAACGCAUCAUCUACAAAGAGCACCACUGGCAAUGCCAAGGGUUCCACCAAGAGUAACUCAUCAGGGAUGGUGGAUAUGGCCCAAAGAGCCAUGGCAUCCCCCUCUAUCGACCUCAACAUGAACCGCAUCAUCAAGCAGGAGCAUCCGGGGCCAUCCAUGUGCAGUAGUAGCUGCAACAAGUCCAACAAUGACACCAACAACAAUGGCAGCAGCAUCUCAUCGCCAACGACGCCGCAGGGGCCGUCCAUGUGUCAGAUGGUGACAUUCAAGGAGCCGCUGUUACCGGGCGGAAGCGGGUUUGGGCCAAGUAGCAAUCACUUCAGGGCACAUGGACCAGGUCCUGGUCCUGGCUUCUUCCUGGAUAAGAGGUUCCAGAGGCAGACCUCCGAGCCCUGUUUUGGCAACCUGGCCCAUCCGAUGGGUGCUGCAGGGAACUCAGCAGCUGAAUCUGGUGGUGGUGGUGGUGGUGGAGGACCACAUCCAUUCCAGCGUCAGAACUCUGAGCCGGUGUUCCUCCCGUUCAAGAACCGAGUGGGAUUCAAUCAAACACGGUUCAGGGAGACUAUCGUGAAGCAGGAGCCUGUGGACUAUGGCUAUGAAGCCGAGGUACCCCGAUCCUUUGGGAAUGGCUUCCCCCGUCAGGAGAUGUUCAUGCAACGCCACUGCAAGGAGGAAGGCGGGCAAGUGGAAUGCGGCAGGGCGUUCUAUGAUGAUGCAAGCGUACCGGAAAAGGCUCAAGAACAACACAAUGAGCCGAGGCAUGAGGUGGUGCGAGAAGGGCCUCUCUACCACAGACGUGGCUCCCUUCAACUCUGGCAGUUCCUUGUAACUCUCCUUGAAGACCAGUCCAACGGGGCCUUCAUAGCCUGGACUGGGCGGGGCCUGGAGUUCAAACUCAUAGACCCAGAAGAGGUUGCAAGACGAUGGGGCAUUCAGAAGAACCGACCUGCCAUGAAUUACGAUAAGCUGUCCCGAUCCCUGCGUUACUAUUACGAGAAGGGCAUCAUGCAGAAGGUUGCGGGGGAGCGCUAUGUCUACAAGUUUGUUUGCGACCCAGAAGCUCUAUUCAUCAUGGCGUUUCCAGACGGUCUCCACACCCAGCUUAGGGUCUCCCUGCCCCCUCCUCAUGACCAAAGGCAGCCCCCUCCUCCCAGGCCUUCUCAGAUGAGACCGAUCCAUCCCAAAGAGGAACCGGGCGUCCUGACCCACCCCCCUCCUCAGCCUCCUAGCAGAACGCCGAGCAGCGAAAACUGUGACCUCUUUGUCCCUGACCUCAGCCAUGCUAACCCCUGCAUGACCAAGUCAUUCUCUGAAGGCUGCGUCUACUGAACACAUCGUUCCCCCUCCUCAAAGUGGCGCUCCUACCUCCCGCUCAAUUGAGCCUCGCAGGAUGGAUUUUGAAACCUUUUUUGUACACACAGAGAUUAUAAAAAAUUCCUUGUACUAUAGUAGAUUAUGUUGUGCAAAAGUUUGAACUUUUGAAUGGCUUGCGUUGUUCAUUCACUUCAAUUGAGAUGGUAUAAAGUAAGUGAUUUUCAAAAUAAAUUAACGUUUUGCAUCAGAUUAAGAGGAAAUGAUGUAAAUACUGUGGAAGUGCUUUAACAUCCAUGUGUUUUGACAGCGCUUGAUGGCACACAAUUCAUGAUAUGGUUAUUAAAGGCUUGAAGAUAUACCAACUCUUAUCACCCAUGGGGGACACACAUGGAAGAUGUACUCAAAACAUGUUUCCUUCUAAAAAUCAAAGAUUUAAGUGAAUAAAAUAGAAGACUAGUUUCACCAUCAUACUCAUGCAUGUCUGUUGCUCAAUAAGCAUUGCUGUCAAAAUGAUACAAGGCUAACAAAUAUUCACUUUUUGCGGUUUUAAGAAAUUACCGAACAAUUUUGGAAUAUAUGAACUCAUUUUUAACAUGACCAGAGGUUACCAAAGUAAAGUUGCUCAAAAAUUGUGGCACAAUUUGUUAUUACGCUCCAGCAAAGUACACCAGGUUGGUUUUGAGGGAAAAAACCUUCUCAGCUCUUGCUUUUCACACAAAAUAUACUUUUGGUCUUUAAACCCUAAAAUAAUGAAGUUUUUAAAUCUUGCAGCUGCUUUUGAAAGUCAUAUUAUGUCGAUCGAAUUCAUGCUAGUUGGCGACCUCUAGCAAAAGAUGAAAAAUAUGUUUUUUAAAAAGUGAUGAUUGUUUGAUUUUUUUGUCUGAUGUGAUUUGGUAUAACCUUGAUGUUUGGCUUUUGGUAUCACAGUAUUGAUAGUUGCUGGACUUUACACCAUGCAAGCGUCUUGCAUCAUCUGAAUAUAUAUCUUGUGCAUGAUUUGAUGAAACUUAUUUGUAAGGAUUAAGAGAAAUAUAUGAUAGCCUUAUCUUUUACUGUCAUUAGAAAGGUUUUUCACUCAUAUCAGUAGUACUAUUUGAUCUCUCAGUACAGAUAACUUUCAGUUCUACCUAGGCGAAAAAUGACAUCAGUACCGUACAUGUUUAGAGGCUUACUCUGCGGAUUAGGGAAAGUCAAUUAUUUUUUACCAGUACAACAUAGACCUUAUCGAAGAUUGGUAAUUUUGUAUUUUUUUAAGAGAACAAAGUAUAUUUCAUACAGAUAUUUGUCAAGUUUAUCAGAAAUAAUCGUAUGUGGGGGAAGUGUCAAAGUUUUUUGCAUGACUUGUGAAUAUUCAACUGUGUGUCAGAUUUAUUGUGAUAUGUGAUAAAUGUGUUUCGAUGUUUAUAUAACAUAAAUAUCAGGUAUUGUCAUUGGCAUGUUAAUUGUAGUAUCAGUAUGUUGUGUUAAUAUAUGAAUGCAAUUUAUUCACAUUUUCAGUCAUUACUCUGUAAAAUACCAGCAGCUUGACAAGUACUCAUUUUAAUUUCAUUUUUUGCCUUCUGUUUCUUAACUGUUCACAGUUUGAACAUAGGAAGAGAUUUAAAUCACUUAAAGCUUUGAAAUAGUGUUUGCAUGCUACAGAUGCAGAUUGAUGCAGGAAGAAAUGUAUCAUGUGAUAAAAGUAUUGAUCUAAGUUCAAGAUCUUGUUUUUAAGCUUUAAAUUCUCUAUAUAAAACUUGACUUGAAUGGUGGAAAGUGUUACAUGUAUGGAUGUGCUUGAAACACAAAAUCAGAGUUUACAUUUCAAAAGAAUUUUCACAGUUACCAUAAUUAUACAUGUUUGGAAAUUACGAUUUGUAUUUUUACAUUCAUUUUUUAAAAAUGUGUACGAGUAUGUCCUUACAAGCUGGUUUUAAGCAUCAUUAUUUUUACGGAACAAGAGAACUGUUACUCAUUUUUCACCACUGCCAAGCACGUGUAUAUACUUCAUAUUACAUUUUGUUAUACCUUUUUUAACAAUAUUAAGUAUCUUUUUCACAUUUAUUCUUGUACUUGUGAAACCAGGAAAGGAUUAAUGUUAAUUUCAGGAUGGGUUCAAGAUAAGUGAUUGUUCAUAAAUACACUUGAAAAACAUAUGGUUGUGAUUAUAUCUAUCACUAACAACCCAUUCUAUGCACAUUUAAGGGGUUUACCCCAUUAUCAGAACAAGCCUAAAGGCAUGAUGCAUGCUUAACAUCUUUUCUCACGGCAACCGAGCAAAAUGGGAAUGAAAACAUGGGGUUCUCAUGUGAGAAAAGUUCAGAAAAAUGUGCUUAAAUUCAGUUCAAUUAGCAGACUAGUAUGACGGUGGAUUGAAGUUUGAGAUGCUCUUGAUUCCUACGUUACUGAUUGAUAACAAAUUUAAACUUUUGGUUUGAGACCUGGGCUCAUAUUCAUAAAAACCAUACAAGGGCUAGGUGUUAACUAACUAUAGCAUAUGUAAUUGGUUGACAAUUUGCUUAGUAAGGUUUUAUUAAUCUGGGCCCUGGUCACUGUAUUCUAUAUUGUUAAAUGGCUUUAUAGGAAUGGAAUUCUGUAUAUUUCAACUUGCGAUGAAUGCAAGCAUUGGGUAUGAGUUUACUUGUAAUACACCUGAGAUAAGUCAGGCUGGGAUGUGUGGAGAUUGUUUUACCAAACUUGUUUACCACUGAAUUUGAUUACAUCAGGUUUUUGCGUUUGUCCUCCAAAUGUUUCAAAGUGCACUCUUGUAUUUGAGAGUAACAUUUAUAGAAAUAGAAUUUUAAAAAGAGCAGUCUUUAUGUUUUCAAGCAGAUGGUGGUAUAAAGCAGUGUACAUGUAUAACAUACCAGUUGUGCAUAUAUUUUAGAAGUAUUAUCUUCAGGAAAGUUGAAAGAUGUAGACAUACACGAGUGGGAAGGAUCUUCUCAAUUGCUUCAUUUUUGUACAUAUUUUUUCAUGAAAAGUGUCAACUGAUCAGUGCCUGAAAAAGAAAACUUGUGAUUUUUUUCUUCUAAUUAUCUAUGAGAAUACAAAAUCUAGAUGACAGAGAUAACAAUUAACAAGUGGAGAGUUAUAUCUACAAGCAGAAAGUACUAGAAAGACAGAAAAUAUCUACUUUUAUAUCUUAUCAGUGAGCAGAAUUAUAAUGAUGAAAAAUCAUCCAUGUUUUUUGUAGGAACAUGAAAGGAAAAGUUGGACUUAUUUUUACAUACUGUGUUUCAGGACUUUGUACAGGUGUAGUGUACGGAAAGCUGAAGAUAUUGCUUUAUGUUUCUCUCUCUCUCUUAUUUUUUACUGCAUAUAAAAUGAUUGAUGUACAUUGUAUGUCUUGUUGGGUCACUAAACUGAUAAAAGUAGUGAAUUGUAUCAGAGUAUUCAUAUAGUUUGUAUGCAUAUUUUAAUUAUUGUACAGAAUUGUCACUUUCACAUCACUAAGGAGAAUUUAAAGUGUUGCACUUAUUAAUCAUUGUUCUGAAUGAGUGAAAUUAAGUUUUUUUUUAAAGUAAAUGUUAAAAUGUCAUCUCACCUUGGUUUUAAGGAGAAAUUUUCUGCAUUGGGGAAAAUGGAAAGGAACCAAGUCAGCAUAGAAGUUUUGUUGUUGAUCUUUAGGUAAUUAUUUUUAAAAUGUAAAGGAUAAGUUUUAAAGGGACUUUUUUUAAAGAAGUUAAAUUUAAGAUCUUGCCCUUAAAUCAGUGAAUUUUACCUGAAGUAAAGAAUUUGAUUCAUAAUACUUUUACUAUCUGUUUUGAUAAAAUGAUAUAUACAGUACAUGAGCAUAGUUUAAUUUAAAUACAAGCUCUUCUUGAUAGUUUUAAUUCCUUAACCCGGCUAUAAACUUUCAAGGACAACGUUGUGAAUUAAAAAUAUAUGAUAUAUAUUUAAUUUUUGAACUAAAGUGUAAUGUUUGUCCAUUUUUUAAGGAGUUUGAGUACGAAAGUAAAUUCUAAUGAUGACCAAAAAAUUUGUUUGGCGACUUUGUUUAGAUUUAUGUGAUUCAUAUCUAUUCAAGCUAACAAAUUUUCAGGAAUUUGUUGUACAAAAUCAGAACAGCUGAUAUCCUUUCCCCCUCAUGUUUUUCUCAUAUAAUCGCAUUGUACAUUUUCAUACCUUCAUUAUGUUUUGUUCUUGAACAAGAGUUGUACUUACAUAAUUCAAAGAUGAAUUUUAAUUUGUUUGAUUACUUGAUUUGGAGAAUUUGUAAAUAGCAACAACAGUGGUACAUUGGUUGUACUAUGUAGAAAGAAAUUUUAAGAUCUUUUAAAGAUGUUACACAUUUCAUUUGCUAUAAAUAUGUCUUGAGUUAACUUGACUAAGGUCUUCUGGGAUGCUAGUGGGUCCAAUUAUUACUCAACAUCUAGAAGGUUAGUCCAGCAAACUAAUAUCUUAAAGAAAAUAAUAUUUCAAAGCUCUUUUAUUCCUCUUUUAUUGUAUACUUUUAUUUACAAACUAUGUAAUAUUUGCACAUGUGGAUUCAAACAUAAAAAAGCAGUGAUGGGGGAGGGGGUAAUUAUUAUAAUUGUGUUGGUCACUUCUGCUUAAUGAAAUGUAUUAAUUCUUGGGUGAUAUGUUUCCCCUUUAUUCUAGAUUCUCUCCUAUUGCAAUGUCGGUUGAAGCUCAUGUCAAUUCAAAAAAGUCAAGGUGACCACCCCCAAGAAAACAUUAUAAAAAUAUCACUUUAGAUUGCUGCAGGUUGCCUGGUAUUUCUGUAUCCAUUUUGUCUCUUCUUCUCUCAAGUAAACCAAAGUAACAAUAGUUGCUUAAGUGAGUGGUAGUCAUUUGAUUCAAGUUAAGCUGCAAGAUGAUUUUAAGAUCCCAAAAAGUGUUUUCUUACGAAAGAAGUGCUGCAAUUUUAUUAUGAAUAUGAUACUCAGCAGUUUAUGUCAUGUAUUGGCUAGAAGUAUUGAAUAACAGGAAUUUGUACCAAAUAUAUUGGUUACUGAUUCUUAUUUUCAUUUGGGUUUUCCUUGGUAUGAUAGUAUGAAGACAACUCAAUGCAGAAAUCAAUUUGCAAAUCUUCAAUUGAAUGUUCUGCUUUGGUGUUCCCAGUCAUUUCAUUUUGCUGUCACUUUCAGUUUAUCUCUUCUCUCUCCAGAGGCUUAGAUAUACUACCAAAUGAUUUCAUUCACCUAUUCUUAAUCUGUUGGGAACAGAAAAAAAGAAAUCUACAUUAAAUUGAAGAAUAUAUCUGUAUAACUUUAAGCUUUUAAUGUUCACUGCUUAAGAAGAAUAUAGUAGUGGCAUAGAUAAGCAUACUUUCAGAAAUUUACCUUUGAUCCAAAGAAUUUUACUAUACUUCAGACAACUUAACUAUACCUUGCAGUUUCAAAUAUCUUAGAAAUUGACAUUUGCUAGGAAGUUUGCAUUUGAUGCGGCAAUCAAGAAACAUUUAAACAUUUGAAUGCAUUUCCUUCUCAGAAGAGGUAGCCUUUAGGACCGUUGUUAGUCUGUACAUGAAACUUAAAAAGAGGAUAACAUUUAAAAAUUAUCCGGAACAUAUCUUAGGGACUUUCGUAUGACUUUGUUAUGAAAAGCUUGAUUCUAAUAUCAUAAUUUUACCUCAAGAAUAAUAGUUUUUUUAUAAAGAUGUAUAACGGUUUUGAGAGAAGUUUUCCACUUGAUAAUGCCAUUGAUUUCUUGGAUAACAUAAGCAUGGCAAAUUUCUAUGUUUUGGGUAGUCGUUGCUUUUCUCAUUAAAUCACAGUGGUUUUGUACAUAGCAA